AUGAAUACACUGAUCAUCCAGUCUCCCCACAUUAGACUUCCAGUCGCCCCAUUUCGCACCCCUCUCCAGUCUCGCCAUUUUCGCACCCGUCUUCCUGUCUCGCCCGAACCGUCCUUCUGCCUCGCCCUUUUAUGCACUGCCGCCCCUUUCGCCCGCCCUCGUUUUUGCGCUCUCGCCUUCUCUGCACCUUUUCGCACCACCUACCCCCAUCUUCGCACCACCUACCCCCAUCUUCGCAUCACCUUCCCCCAUCUUCGCAUCACCUUCUCACAUCCUCGCACCUUCUCCAUGUUUGGCCUCUUCUCCCGCGCCAAAGUUUCCCGCUUGGGCGACGGGGUCUCUGGAGUCGUGGAUCUUGUCGAGUCGUCCGGCAAGGUCUGUGCGGUGAAAACAUACCAUUCCCGCGAGGCGCACGAGUCUCGCCUGGAGUUUGUGGAGCGAGUGGCCCACGAGUACCAGGUGCUCUCGAAACUCCACCACGGCAACAUCAUCCAGCCGUUACGCCUUCUCGUACUGUUUGGAACGGUCAAGAUGCAGAUGGAGCUCGGCUCGCCCAACUUGUAUGUGCUCCUACGAGAAAGAACUGCCACCGACGAGACUUUGAAGACAGAGAAACAUCUCCAGAAGGGCGACGUUCGCGUGGAAUGCCGUGUGCCAGGGAAGCACCGUGCCCGCCCGCUGCUGCGGGAAGUGUUUUGUCUCUGGCGCCAGCUUUGCCUGGGAAUCGCCUAUCUCCACAGCCACAACUGGUGCCAUCGCGACUUGAAGCUCGAGAACUUGGUGUUGGUGGGCCACACGCUCAAAAUCGUUGAUUUCCAGACGGCGGCGCCAACAGACCGCAAAGUGCUGGGGCUUGUGGGCUCGCCGAGCUACGUGGCGCCCGAAACGGUGGCCAGCAUCCACUAUUUCGGCGCGGCCGCCGAUAUCUGGGCCAUGGGCAUUGUCUUGUACUACAUGGCUACUGGGAGGUUCCCCUGGAAAAGCGCAGUGUGGAACGAUGCCCGGUAUGCGGGCUACAUCAAAGACAAGACGAGUAUGCUUGCGAAGCUUCCACAGGAAUGCGUGGCUUUGGUUGCGGCGGUGCUUGACCUGGACCCGGAAAAAAGGCCGUCGGCGCAGGAGAUCCUUGUGGACCCGUGGGUGUCGAGCAUAAAGUGGUGCCACGGAGAGGAAGAAUGCGGGCUGCAUGUCUUGGGAGCGGAAACGAAAACCGAUGGUCGGUAG